UUAAAUUAACUCCAACUAAAAACAGCAGCAAGGAAAUGCCAAAAGAUUAUGUGGAUGAAUACGAGCCUCUGCUCAUCAAAGGAGCCAAAGACCUAAAGAGCUCAAAGUUUCCAAGCAAACUGCUUCUCCUGGCCAUGUUUUCUACAUGUAUAGGAGGGACUUUUCAGUGUGGAUAUAACAUAUCUGUCAUCAAUGCGCCCACAAAGUAUGUGCAAGAUUUCAUCAACGCCACCUGGAUGGAGCGUUACCAAACCAGCAUAUCAGAAAAUGGUCUCAUUCUACUCUGGUCCACUGUAGUGUCCAUAUUCACUUUAGGAGGAUUUGUAGGAGUAUUGAUUGGCAGUACUUUAUCUGUGAAGCUGGGGAGGAGAGGAACACUGCUGACCAAUAACACAUUCUCAUUAGCGGCUGCUCUGCUAAUGGGUCUGAGCGCCGCUGCUGGAUCCUUUGAGCUGCUCAUCAUUGGCCGUCUUCUCUCUGGGAUAAAUGCAGGCAUUGCUCUGUGUGUUGAACCUAUGUACUUGGGGGAAAUCGCUCCAACUGCUUUACGAGGUGCCAUGGGGAUGGGAACCUCCAUUUUUCUCACUGUUGGGAUCUUUUCUGGACAAGUGAUGGGCCUGAAAGAAAUCAUGGGUAUAGAGGAGUACUGGCCUUUCCUUCUCUCCACAACAUGCAUUCCAGCAUUUCUGCAGCUCCUGUUCCUUCCCUGGUUCCCAGAGAGCCCACGAUACCUCCUGAUUGAUAAAGGAGAUGAGGAGGGAUGUAGAAAGGCUCUGAUUCAGCUGCACGGUGUGGCGGACUCUGAUGGUGCACUGCAGGACAUCAAGAGAGAGAAGAAUAAUUUAGUUGGUUUCAAAGCCAAGAAACCCUGGGAGCUUUUUGCUGAUCGCAGCGUACGCUGGCAGCUUCUCACCAUCAUUCUGCUCAACGCUGCGCAACAGCUGAAUGGCGUCAAUGCUAUGUACUUCUACACACAUUAUGUAUUUCAACAGUCUGGUAUUCCUGUUGAUAAAAUACCAUAUGCUACUGUUGGAACAGGUGCCUGUGAAUGCAUCACUGCUUUAACAUGUGGUUUGCUCGUCGAACGACUGGGGAGGAAAGUGCUCAUCUCUGGAGGAUACAUCCUGAUGAGUAUCUGCUGUGUUUUAUUCACCCUAACGCUUGCUCUUCAGGAUGUCAGCCCAGUUUUUCCCUACCUGAGUGUUUCCUGUGUUUUUGCUUUUGUCUUGAGCUUUGGUUUGGGACCAGGUGGUGUGACCAACAUCUUAACCACGGAGCUCUUCACUCAGACCUCUCGCCCCGCUGCGUUCAUGAUCGCUGGAUCAGUCAACUGGCUCAGCUUCUUCUUCAUCGGCUUGGUCUUCCCUUUCAUCGUCAUCGGGCUGCAGCACUACUGUUUUCUGGUCUUCUUUGUCGUUUGCUCCUCGGUGGCCGUGUACAUCUUGAUGGCUGUUCCUGAAACCAAGAACAAAAGCUUUGUGGAAAUCCAACAUGAGUUCCAGUUGUCCUCCAAGAAAAAGGCUGCCGGCACUGACGAAGCAGAAACACUCUUAAUAUCAUCAAGUUUUUGAAACGCACUGGACUCGAGUGUGGAGCUGAAUAAUUUUUAUUUCUCUGUCAAAAAGAUGAGCAAAAAUUAUUUACAGUUCACACAAAGCACAG